AUGGCUAGAGAUGAAAAGAAAUGUAUAGCAGUUAAGGAACGGACAGCUAGGGAAGAAGUGUCAAAUGUACAAAAAAUAAAUCCAGAUGCCGAUCCCCCAGAUAUCUCAGUAGUGGCAGCAAAUACCACAGUCAAAGCUACAGCUGCAUUGAUAAGGUGUAGUGCUCGAGGGAUGCCUAACAAUACCUAUAAGUAUGGUAAAUGGAUACAGACCUGGAAUAAUGUUCAAGUAUCAGAGAAACCCGGAAAGGAGAAACUUGAGUUAAAGAGCUUGACAUAUGAGCACUCUGGAGUGUACACUUGUUCCGCAAGUAAUGGAAUUAAAGUGUUUGGUACAAAUAAGGAAUUCAUGGAAGGAUCUGUUAUGUUAGUAGUGAAAUCAUUCCCAGUAAUAACACAUGUAAGUGAGAAAACAUCAGCCAAAUUAAAAGACAAUGCUACUUUAGAAAUUUACUACUAUUCAAAUGUAGCAGGAUCUGAAGUGAAACUUUACAGGAAUGUGAAUGGAACCAGACAAGAGGGAGUUAUCUAUUCUGUGUCAGAGACUCGCGCAGAAGUAAAUUUACCCGUGUUUACUCAAAUCAUUAGGACUGGUGGAACUAGAGCUAAAAUUUUGAUUCAGGUACAAUCGCAGGACGACUUAGGAUCUUAUGAUCUUGUAGUUGCAAAUGAAAUAGACUCUAGCUCUCGAUCAUUUGAAAUAGUUCCAAAAGGUCCUCCGGGCCAGCCAUAUAAUGUCACAGUAGACAAUAUUCAGUAUAACACAGCGCAUUUGUCCUGGAUACGGGGAUACCAUGGAGGGCUCGCACAAACAUUUGUAAUACAGCUUAGUACUGACCUAAAUAUGUGGAGAAAUAUAACAGUCUAUGGCGGACUGAAUGAGAGUUUAGAACCAGUAUCUGAAGUUCUAUCGAAUCUUCAUGAUUCUACAACAUAUUUUGUUCAUAUGUAUGCGUUUAACAAUGAAGGAAGUAGCCCGUUUACAGAGAUUCUCAAUUAUACUACAACUUCGAAGACUGGAAAAGAAGAAAAUUUUGAAAUCGACGUGGCUAUAACAUCAAGCGUGGUAGGUGGCGUAGUUGCUGCUGUUUUAGGAGUUGUCAUCAUUGUUAUUAUUGCAAGAAGAAUAUUGAUAAAAAAAGCAUACAUAAAAGUAGUGCAAUGUAUGGACAAGAUUUUUGCUAUAUAUGGUGUACCAAAACUGCCUGAAAUUGUAAGACAAGUCUCAGACUUAAUGUGA